AUGGAAAGCUGGUACAAGGUCAAUACUUCUACCCUGGAUUUGGAGGACUCCAAAGCUAUCCCGAAAGAGAAGUAUAAUGUUUCCAAGCCUGUCUUCUAUGCUGCGUGCGACAAGGAAGUUAUUGCGCUCCCUGCUCUUGGGAAGGGUAAUCUUCCGGGAUUCUGCUCCAACGCGACCGUCAAAGAUUAUGACGCUGGUCACUUGGUAAUAUGGGAGACCAAGGACAAGUUGAAUGCUGAUCCCGAGGGAUGGAUUCAGAGUCUUUAA